UCACGUGAGGCUCGCUCCGGAAGCGCGCUUCCAGUCGCCCCAGCGAAAGCCCCCCCUCCCACUUCCCCUCUAUCUGUCCCACGAAAAGUAGGCAAUUGCUUGCCCACCGCCCGGGAUCGUCAAGCUGCGCGCCCACGAGUGUCAAGUGCCCAUUUGGACUUCUACAAUCAGAGAUGGCAGCAAAGGAAUCAACAUCGAAAGCUACUGAGUGUUGGUAUUCCCACCCAGUGUAUGCAAGAUACUGGCAACAUUAUUAUCAAGCAAUGGCUUGGAUGCGAUGCCACCAGAACGCCUACAGGAAGGCCAUGGAAUCCUAUUUCAGUGUUUCAUGGUAUCUCCCUCCUGCAGUUCUUCCCCAAAGCUCUUACAGUAAUGAGGCUGGAUAUCCUCAGACCUUCUGUGACCAUCAUAUGGCCUGGCAGGACUCCCACUCCAGUUCUUCACGUUUUGGAAGGUCUGGGCAGCAGCCACAAAACAGCAGUAGGAUCCAGCCAUCCUCAAGAGAAGACCAAGCUUCGUCCGAAGAUGAGGAGACAGAGACCGAAUCAGAUGGGGAGGUAGAAUGCGACCUGAGCAAUAUGGAAAUCACCGAGGAGCUCCGCCAAUACUUUGCAGAGACUGAGAGGCACAGAGAAGAGCGACGGCGGCAGCAGCAGCUGGACGCAGAGCGCCUGGGCGACUACGUGAACGCCGACCAUGACCUGUACUGCAACACCCGGCGGUCAGUGGAGCCCCCGACGGAGAGGCCAGGCGAGCGGCGCCAGGCCGAGAUGAAGCGCUUGUACGGGGACAGCGCUGCCAAGAUCCAGGCCAUGGAGGCUGCGGUGCAGCUGAGCUUUGACAAGCACUGCGACAGAAAGCAGCCCAAAUACUGGCCGGUCAUUCCCCUAAAGUUCUGACCCCUGGGCACAGGGACCCCUGCAAGUGCUUUCGGCGCAGGGUCCUCAGCCUCACCCUCUUCAUCUCUCCUCUUGUACGGUUGUCAGGGAAAGGGAACUUUAUACUGAGAUAUAGGCGUGUUCACCAACGUCCCAAUGGGCCCAUCACAGGGGGGAUGUAAUAUGCCAGCCACACGUACUAUUGCCAACAUGAGAAAUUUUCUCCUGACAUGAAAUGAUAAUUUUGUAUCUAUUAUACUGAUUUUUUGAGGUGGUCAGUAAACUAUUCAAUUCAUUAAAGUUCUUGCCUAGAGA